AUGUUUGGGUAUAGCAACACGCAAUUUGAAUUCCCAUAUUCUCUGCUACUCUGCAGAGCAGAUGUCUUUAGUAACCCCUGGGCAGCUCUUGCCGCAACAGCUCUUGUAUACUUUUCCAGUGUUAUUUUCUACCGACUGGUCCUACAUCCUCUCGCAAAAUUCCCCGGACCAAAAUUGGCGGCCAUUACACGUUACUAUGAGGGGUACUACGAUGUGAUACUCAAUGGCCAGUACACGUUUAAGAUUGCUCAGAUGCACCAUCAAUACGGGCCCAUCGUCAGAAUCAGCCCCUACGAGCUCCACAUCAACGACUCGGCGUACUAUGAGAAGCUCUACCGCCAGGAUGGUCAGUGGAACAAGUAUGCCUGGUCCUACGACGCCUUCGGAGCGCCAAUGUGUUCGGUUUGCACAGUGGACCAUGAGAUGCACAAGCGCCGUCGUGCUCCCCUUAAUCCUUUCUUCUCGAAGGCCAAUGUCGCCGCCCAGCAGGAUAUGAUCCAGAGGUUCGCAAACAAGCUCUGCGACCGCAUCACUCAGUUCGAAGGGGCCGCAGUGAACAUUUCCGCUGCUAUCGGUGCUUUCACAAGGGACGUUGCCAUGCAGUUUGUGCUUUUCAAGGAUUAUCAAAACCUAGAUCAUGAGAACUUCAAUGCAGACAUGAUGAACUUUCUUCAGGCCUCAGGCGCAAUAUGGCGCGUCACCAAGCAUGUUCGAUGGAUCGGACCGUUGAUGAAGUCGCUUCCCAUGCACUGGAUCGAGAAGGUAGGCGAUGCUGGAACUAAGGCCUUCUUCGGCUUCAUGAAGGAUAGUCUGCAAAUAACCAAAACCAUCGUGGCGACACCAUCGUCAAAACAAGCCGAUAGUAAUCCAGGCCCAUCUCAUCGGACCAUCUUACACGGCAUCAUGGACUCCAACCUCCCACCAGCCGAGAAAACGGUUGAACGACUCAACGACGAGGUCAGUACCGUUACUGGAGCUGCCUUCGAGACGUCCGCGCAGACCAUACGCUUGAUACUGUACUACUUGUACAGCGACCAUGUUAUGCUGCAACGGCUGCGGACUGAGCUGGCCCAGGCGAGGAACCAGCAGGGCAGUAAGGAAGAUAUUCCUCUGUCCGUCCUCGAACAGUUGCCUUUCCUGACCGGGGUCGUUUGUGAAGGCCUGCGACUGAGUCCAGGGCUGGCAACUCGCCUGGCACGUGUGGCUCCGGACCGUGAUUUAUUCUACGACCAGUGGCGCAUUCCGUCGGGGACCCCAGUGGGCAUGACUGUCCUCUUGAUGCACUUGAAUGAGACUCUAUAUCCACAACCAAGGCUUUUCAACCCCGAUAGGUGGUGUGGUGACAGGAAGAGAUCGGACAAGACAUUUUCACCAUUUUCCAGGGGCACGAGGAUCUGUUUGGGCAUGAAUCUCGCCUGGGCUGAGAUAUACAUUAUCAUAGCAACCCUGGUCCAGCGCCUCGACCUGGAGCUGGUCGGUGCUGGACCCAAAGAUGUUGAAUGUGCUAGUGAUCAGUUCAUCAUUGGCAUAGCAGACCAGACUGGUAUCAAAAGCAUUGUCAAGAGACGCUUAGUUUGA